AUGCCAUUCGCACAGCUGGUCAUUGGGCCUCCAGGUUCUGGCAAGACGACUUACUGCAAUGGACAACACCAAUUCCUAUCUCUCCUCUCAAGGCCAUGCAGCGUCAUCAAUCUCGAUCCAGCAAAUGACCGACUCCCGUAUCCAUGUGCUGUCGAUAUCAACAAGCUCAUCUCAGUCCGCGAUGUGAUGGUCGAACUCUCGCUUGGUCCGAAUGCGGCCAUGUUGUACUGCAUUGAGUAUCUGGAAAAGAACGUCGAUUGGCUCAUCCAGGAGCUCAAAAGAGUGAUGGAGGAGCAACGCCAAGGCAAGACUGGUCAGAUCGCAUGUCACGGUGAUCAAGAAACACCCGUUGGCCCAGUCAGUGCUGGCUUCGAGUAUCUGAUCUUCGACUUACCCGGUCAGGUCGAGCUGUCGACCAACCAUCCGGCACUCAAACGGAUCCUGGAGACGCUCAACAAGCAACUUGGAUUGCGCUUCGUUGCUGUCCAUCUCACCGAUGCCACGCACAUUACCGAUGCUUCCCGCUACGUGUCCAUCCUCAUCCUCGCCCUAAGAGCCAUGCUAACGCUUGAGCUGCCCCACGUCAACGUUCUGUCCAAAGUUGACCUCCUCGGCCAGUCAUACAUAUCUCGCUCCAAGCGCUCUCUGGACCAGUGUGACCCGAACAGUGAUGACGAAGACAUGCAGAGCAAUGAUGAUUCGGAUGAGGACAUGGAUGGUGGAGCUGGAGAGGGCGGACGAGCGGCCAUGGGACUUCGAUCUGAGCUGGCAUUUAACCUCGACUUUUACACACAGGUCCAAGAUCUUUCUUACCUGCGAGACCUCCUCUCACAUCCAUCGGGUCCAGACUCCUCACGGCGUAACGAAAAGUUUGGCAAAUUGAACGAAGCCAUCUGUGAGCUCGUCGAGGACUUCGGACUUGUCUCAUUCGAGACGCUUGCGGUUGAGGAUCGCCGCUCUAUGUUCCGUCUGCUACAAGUGCUGGACAAGGCGGUCGGAUACAUCUACGUCUCACCCACCAGCAAUGUCCUCGGCUUUGGCGAGGAAGAAAAUGAAGGCGCAUACGAGCCAGGAAGAGCCUCGGCAACAGCUUCAGCAGCGCUCAGAGCGCAAGCACGCGCAGGAGGACUGGGUGCAGAUCCCCAUUCUCUGUUCAGCGUUGCUGAUCGGGGUGACCCGUUGGGCUGGGGCGAUGCACUCGAGGUGCAAGAGCGUUACAUUGAUCAUCGGCAUCUCUACGAAGAGGCUGAAAUGGAGGAGAGAAAGCAGAUCCACGAGAAGGAGUGGGAGAACAAAGUCUGGUCCGAAGUGUGCAAAGUUGCCAAGGAGGAAGAGCGAAAGAAACAAACUCAGAUACAAGCCACCCAGACAACAGAGUAG